AAAAAAAAAAAUUGUCUGUGGUAGUCAGCGUAACCUGAAUUUAACUUACUACGUUUAAAACAAUAAUAUUACAAGCUGAAAUGCUUUGCGUUUGUUAUAUUAACUAGUAAAUAAGCGAAAGUUGUUAAUUUGAUCUUGUUAUAUUGCUACAAUAAAAAUGACUGUGGACGGCGAAGAAAAUCCUAGGGACCGUGUGUUCAUGGACAUUUCUAUCGGAGGACUCCCAUCGGGUCGUAUUGUGUUUGAGUUGUUCAAUGAUGUGGCGUCAAAGACGUGCGAAAAUUUCCGGGCCCUGUGCGCUGGUGACAAAGGAGUUGGAAAAAUUACUGGAAAGCCAUUGACAUAUAAGGGCAUGGUAUUUCACCGUGUGGUGAAGGAUUUCAUGAUCCAAGGAGGAGAUUUCAGCAAUGCCAAUGGUACCGGAGGUGAAUCAAUUUAUGGUGGUACCUUUGAAGAUGAAACAUUUGAACUGAAGCAUGAACGGCCUUUCUUACUGUCUAUGGCAAAUCGAGGCAAGGACACAAACGGGUCACAGUUCUUUAUUACAACACAGCCAGCGCCGCAUCUCGACAAUGUGCACGUAGUAUUCGGCCACGUAGUGAACGGGGCGACGCUGGUGCGGCAGUUGGAAGGACUUCCCGUGGAUCGCAACGCGAGACCUCUUCAGGACAUCACCGUUACCAAUUGUGGACAGCUUGUGAAACUUAAGGCCGGCAAAAAGCGCAAACAGGAUAAGGAAAAAGAAAAGGAUGAGAGUGACGCCGACUCUGAGAAGUCUCACAAGAAGGAGAAGAAAAAGAAGAAGGACAAAAGGAAGAAACGACAUCAGUCUGAGCAGUCUGAGGGUGAGCAAACCUCAGAGCCAUCUCAUCCGCUGGUCAGCACUACCAAAAUUGAUCCAAAGGAGAUCCCAGAUGUGCCCACCAAUAGAUUCCUGAUGAGAGCAACAAGGGAUGAAAAGGAUAAAGACACCAGGAGAGAUAGGGACAGGCCGCGUUAUCGAGAGCGCGAACGUCACGCGUACACACGCAGCGGCCGCAUCGUUAAGGGGCGUGGCGUGUUUCGAUACCGCACGCCGUCUCGCUCUCGCUCGCGAUCUCGUUCGGUGACGCCGCCGCAUUGGAGGCAGGCGCAACGGAGAAUCGUCAAACUUGCUGAUGUGGAGCGUAUUGAACAUGAACGUGUUCAGGAGAAUUUAAAGAAGCCGGUAGUCAAACACUCGCAGAGGGUAACUAAUACACCGCCCAGACAACGGGAGAAGGAGGAAGGAGAGUGUGACACGACAUUGGAGCAAUCUCGGGAUGGAAGAGUCGACUACAACGCACUGGACUUCGAAGAAGAUGUGGACCAGGAAGAGGAAGGCGAAAUCCCAUCAAAACGUAUUGAGCAGAAACGCCUCGCGGAAAAUCGGGCCGAGAUACUGGCUAGGGCCCUUGGAGUCAACCCCAAACACGAUCAGCUCAGGGACAUGAAAGACACACGUGACUUCCGUCGUCGCGAAGGUAUAUCGUCUGCUGUCGUUCAAGCAGCCCCCAAGCUCUCGUCAGCUGUGGCUCCUAUGGGGUCUGAGAGCCAGAAUAAGGGUGAAUACGACCCUUUUACGCUCCUUAGGAGCACGUUUUCAAGGAACAAAGAACAAGUGGCAAAAAAAGAGGUUGUAGAAAACCGACGUGAAGUAACUAAAGAUAAAGAAAGAGAGAAAUAUCGCAACGAGAGAAACGAUCAACCUGAUCUUAGAGAAAGUCUGAAAAAGCGUGAGAACCGGGUUGAUAGAAAUGAUAAAGAGGAUUCAAUUAAAGAUGACAGACACAAGCGGACCGACAAAAACAAGGUCAACGAAGAGAAAAACGAAAGAUACAGAGCUAAAACCAAAUCACCCGAACUUAGUCCUAGAACUUUGGAUCGAUUUGAGAAAACUAAAAGGGAUGAUAAAUCACACGAUCGAGAAUCUAAACGCCAACGCGAUGUAGAGAGAAGGUCUCAGGAUAAUACACCAGAUAGACCCAAAUCUCGUGAAUCUAAAGAUAGAAAGCGCGAUAAAUCUAAAGACAGAUCUAAAGAGAGACAUGAUAGGUCACGGGAUAAAUAUGACAGGUCUAAAGACAGACGUGGAUCCAAGGAAAGACGUGACAGGUCCAAAGACAGACGUGAUAGAUCCAAAGAUAUCGAUAAAUCUAAGGAUAGACCGAAGCGCAAUAGAUCGGAGAGAGAUUCGAAGGACAAAGAGCUGCCGAUUAAUGAGUUUGAUAUUGAGGCAAGAAAAACAAAGUCACCGCAACGCGAGCGCAAGGUUUCUUCAUCUGAUGGAAAGGAGAAAGAUGAGCAAGAGAAGAAAAAGGAAGAGGAAAGAAAUGAAGCUCGGAAGGAAUUGAUGGAGAUUGUUCGUUUGAUCAAGUCGAGGCAACGCGAUCGUGAGAAUAAAGCUGCUGAGGCGAAAAAGAAGAAACGUCCAGAUUCCAGUUCGUCGUCGUCCGAAGGCGAGCGUUCGAAGCGACGUCGCACUCCAGACAGAGACAGAAGACGCAGUCGCAGUAGGUCUCGCCGCAGCGCCUCCCGUUCCCGUCGCCGCUCGCUUUCCCCUCGGCGCAGGCGCAGACGCUCUUCAGAUUAAGUAACUAAAUAGCUUAGCAAACCAAUUCCACGAGAAAUAGAGAUAUUUAGUUUUCUUAGACUUUAGGCUUGACGAUGUAAUUUCCGUUUUUAUACAAUCUGUAUUCUAGCUCGUCACUCAAAAUCUACUUUCAAGAACUGUGAAACCAUUUUUAUUUAUAACUUGACGUUGACAUAGCUCAAGAAGUGACUUGAGAUUGGUUUACGGUAGUAGUCUGUUUCUAAAUACAAGGGGAACGAUUUUAUUGCAAAAAACAAUGAACUUCUUAGUAUUGAUUAAACGAAAUAUUUCUUCAGUAAAUAUUGAUUGGUUUUGGCAUGGUUAAUUAUUAUAACAAGAUCAGUAUCUCUUUAACUUCCAAUAAUGAGAGAACUACAUCGAUCUUGUAAGCAAAAGGUCGGAAUGGGUAUCGCUAUCGUUAUUGGAAAUUUAAAAGUACCAUAAAGCAUAUAUUUCGAGGAUAUCUUUAAGGUUUAAGAUUCAAAGACAAUUUUACGAACUCUACCUUCUGUCAAAUGGCAUUUGACAGAUGGAAGAGUCGAUAUUUUGAUUUCUCUAGUUCUCUAGAAAUUCUGUAGUUUCUUUUUUUUUAAAGUAAUAUUUGAUUUUACUGCUUCCUAUAUUGAAUAUUUGGUCUCCGGUUAAAAGUAUACAAUUAUGUUGAGACACAAAUUCUUGAAUAAAUUU